ACAGUACAUCCUAUAAAUGGCAAGAACCCAGCAUCAAUACAAAAAGGCACUACAGAGGACCUGAUGUUCGUUCUAAUGCUGUUCGCUCAAACAAUUGUGGAACCACCGUACAGUAGUCGUCACAAUCUUCGCCGUCGCACUCGAGACUUGGUGAAACCAUUCAAUAGAAUGGCAAAAGAAGCUGAAUCAUAUUCCACACGUCAUUGCAAUGAAAUUGAGCAAGAGAAGGUAGAUGCUGAAAUCGAUCGUUUAUUCGACUUCAUUGAGGAACGUGAUGAACUGGACACAAUUGGAUGCGAAACAUUCCCAGAGCGGAAAAUUUCGGUGUUGAAGCAUGGCGAUGCUCAAACCGUUCGAGACGACGGCGUCAACCAUUUUCCGGAGUUUUUCCCGAAGAUCUCGCAGCCCUCUAUGUCUUGUAGCAUCUAUUCUCUCAAAUCGCCUUGUGCUGAUUGCCCUCUUAAAUACCCACACAUUAGUUGUGUUUCGGUAGGUCUUCCUGUUCGAUUUUCGUGUUUUACUGCACCAGCGGCUGGAAUCGGUGUCAGUACAUAUAAAUCAAGAGAGGAAACUAUUGGCAAAAAGGUGGCUGUCCAACGUACACUAUUAUUGGCUUGUGAACGCCUUGAUUUGUUGCGGUGCGAGAUGAAUCUCAUAUCGGCGUCGUCGGCAUUUGGCAAACCGCCGCGGCUAGUUCAUCAAGAGUUACGUGAAACGGUGACGAUAUCAGAUAUAACAGUUCAUUUAAACAGCUAUUUUUGUCGGCGAGAACCUAAUGAUGACUGUUUUUAUGCGUUUCUGACACUUCUGAAAUAUGGUACUGAAGUGCAGACGACUGCUCCCAUUUCUCUAUUCGCACAUCAUCGAGUUCGAGUUCGUCAACUCACAUUUGCUGAACACAUCCAGUCUGUUUAUCUGCCUGUCGAUUUCAAUGUAGUUGUGGAAGUGUGCGCCAUGACCGAGUAUCAAACAAUAAGUGCGUCAUGGAAGCGUUAUUGGGCAGUGUUGCGUCGUGGUAUGAUAUACCUCUGGCGCCAUCGGAGCGAUGAGUCAUUUAAGAAAGUAGGGUUGAAAAAGUUAACAUUUUGA